GGUUUCCUAACCCCGACGGAAAGGACCUUAGGACAAUAUAUACUAACCUAACCUCAAUUUCAAUUCAUAAAAGAUCUACUACAGUAGUAUUUUGUGGAUCUAUUUAUCCGAACGCAUCAUCAAAACUUCCCUCUCCCUCCAUCUUCUGUGUGGACUGAGCCUCACCGGAGCUAUAUAAACACCGAUUGAAAAUGGAAACAGUCGGUGUAGAGGAGACCCGCCGCGAAUCGGAUAGAGAGGAGAGCUGUUCUGCUAAGCUGGCGAAGCAAGGCGAAGGCCUGAGGCAAUACUACAUGCAGCACAUCCACGAUAUCCAGCUUCAAGUCCGCCAAAAGUCUCACAAUCUCAACCGUCUCGAAGCUCAACGCAACGGGCUCAAUUCCAAAGUGAGAAGUCUGAAGGAAGAAUUGCAGUUGCUUCAGGAACCCGGGUCUUAUGUUGGUGAAGUUGUAAAAGUGAUGGGGAAAUCAAAAGUUUUAGUGAAAGUCCAUCCUGAAGGGAAAUAUGUUGUUGAUAUUGAUAAAAGCAUUGACAUAACAAAAAUCACUCCAACUACCAGAGUUGCUCUUCGCAACGAUAGCUAUGUUCUUCAUUUAGUUCUACCAAGUAAAGUGGAUCCUUUAGUCAACCUUAUGAAAGUUGAAAAAGUUCCAGACUCUACUUAUGAUAUGAUUGGUGGCCUCGAUCAGCAAAUCAAAGAGAUCAAGGAAGUUAUUGAGCUUCCUAUUAAACACCCUGAGUUGUUUGAAAGUCUUGGGAUCGCUCAGCCAAAGGGAGUCUUGCUAUAUGGUCCCCCAGGAACAGGGAAAACGUUGCUGGCUAGGGCAGUUGCUCAUCACACUGAUUGUACCUUCAUUAGAGUUUCUGGCUCCGAACUAGUGCAGAAGUAUAUUGGUGAAGGUUCUCGUAUGGUGAGAGAACUUUUUGUUAUGGCCAGAGAGCAUGCUCCAUCUAUUAUAUUCAUGGAUGAAAUAGAUAGCAUUGGAUCUGCAAGAAUGGAAUCGGGAAGUGGAAAUGGUGAUAGUGAGGUGCAGCGCACAAUGUUGGAGCUUCUUAACCAGCUUGAUGGAUUUGAAGCAUCAAACAAGAUUAAGGUGUUGAUGGCCACAAACCGUAUAGAUAUUCUUGAUCAAGCGCUUCUCCGGCCAGGUAGAAUUGACCGGAAGAUCGAAUUUCCAAAUCCUAAUGAAGAGUCUCGCUGGGAUAUCCUGAAGAUUCAUUCAAGGAGAAUGAACUUGAUGCGUGGCAUAGACUUAAAAAAGAUUGCAGAAAAGAUGAAUGGUGCUUCAGGGGCUGAACUUAAGGCUGUUUGUACAGAAGCUGGGAUGUUUGCCUUGAGAGAAAGGAGGGUACAUGUGACACAAGAAGAUUUUGAGAUGGCGGUUGCGAAGGUGAUGAAGAAAGAUACAGAGAAAAACAUGUCUUUGCGCAAGCUAUGGAAGUGAUUCUAAGCCCUGAAAACCCGUCAUCUUGUGCUGACAUAGUAAUACCCCGGGUGAUUUAUAGCAUUUGCGUAUUCCUUUUCGAACCUCAACAACAUGCAUUUAGAUCUAUGCAUUUAGAUCUUUACAUUCUCUCUAGCUGAAUCUUCUUUUUUAAAUGUAAAAUUUGUGAUUCGUGAUUUCCUCAAGUAAUAGGUGUCAUACUUUUUAAAUCUUGUGUUUUCACUAAUCCAUAGCAAUUAUGCAUCCUCCGACAACAUCUUUUGCAAUGUGAAUUAUUUCAUCGUUAUAUAAUCGUAGGCUGUUUUUUUUCCUGGCUGCACACAUCUAGGGAAAGAAGACGCGAACUAAUAUGGAUGAUGGAGGCAAAAUUAAUAAGGAAAUACGACUUAGGGAGUUAGGGUAAGGGUUUAGGUUAGAACUAGAACCAU